UCGCCGUCGCCGCCGCCGCCGCAUUCGCCGCCUCCAGCCUUCUGCGCCUCGACGCCCCGGCGGAUCCCGUCAGACAGAAACCCUAGCUGAUUCGAUGGCCGGGAGAGGGAAGGCCAUCGGCUCGGCCGCCGCCAAGAAGGCCACGUCGCGGAGCUCCAAGGCCGGGCUGCAGUUCCCCGUCGGCAGGAUCGCCCGGUUCCUCAAGGCCGGCAAGUACGCCGAGAGGGUCGGCGCCGGCGCCCCCGUCUACCUCGCCGCCGUCCUCGAGUACCUCGCCGCCGAGGUUCUGGAGCUCGCCGGGAACGCGGCGAGGGACAACAAGAAGACCCGCAUCGUGCCGCGGCACAUCCAGCUCGCCGUCCGCAACGACGAGGAGCUCUCCCGCCUGCUCGGCGCCGUCACCAUCGCCAAUGGCGGCGUCAUGCCCAACAUCCACAACCUGCUCCUCCCCAAGAAGGCCGGCGGCAGCGCCAAGGCCGCGGCCGGCGACGAGGACUAGACAGACAGACACAUCCCGACUCUUCCGGCGCCGGCGCCGGCGGAGGAUUAGACUAGGCUGCUUAACCGUGGGGAAAAAAAAUCAGUCUCAUUAGCUGCUCUGUUUGUGUGUUCGUAGAAUCGUAGUGGACAGAUGGAUCAGUUGCUCUGUAUUUUAUUGAAGUACUUUAUAUAAAAGCAUCACAUUUUCGAU